AUGUCCAAUAUAUGCACACAAUGCCACCUCCUAGCACGGCGACAACUACAAGCUCGCCUCUCAAAACAUAGCAAUCACACUCGUAGCAUCCACGUCUCAAAACCACGCGGUGAAGCUCAAUACAGUCCUCGGGAACUAGGUGAUUUCUAUAACGACAUCCUCUCAACACCGCUACCAAAAGUAGCACAGGCCAAGACCGAGAAGCAGGAUCUACCAGAAUGGGUAUCGACGUCUGGACGAAAGGACAUCGAGGAACGAGCCCGCAAACUGUUCGGAAACAUUGAAGGUUCAGGUUAUCAGCGGUCUCAGUCUGAUACACCAGAUGCGACGUGGCGGACGAUAAAUGGCGUGCCUAUUCCACCUAGGCCAGGGGAGCCGGAUAAUUGUUGUAUGAGUGGCUGUGUCUGGGACGAUUAUCGUGAUGAUGUCGAGUCCUGGGCUGCCAGACUGAAGGAAGCGCAAGCGAAAGGUUCCCAGAGUGGUGAAAGUGUCACAAAAACUCCGAAGAUUGGAUUUCCACGACCCGAGGUACAAGCAUCAUCUGGCAGUAUGGACGAUGAUGGUGGAGGGAGCGAGGCUUUAUGGCAGGCACCGAGUGUAGAAGCUGAUCCAGACGCUUUAUUUGCUGAUAUACCAAUAGGAAUUCGAGAGUUUAUGGCAACAGAGAAGAGGAUUCGAGAUCGAAAAAGAAGCAAGAAGGAGAAGUUGACUGCGGACUAA